CUUUUUUAUAUUUAACUCGCGAUGAAAAAAAUCAGAUAAUUUGAAAAAAGGAAAAACCCCAAUGCUAGGCAAAAGCAGAAGAAUGAUAUGCUCGCUUCUCACCCAAACGCCACUUCAUCUAGCAUAUUAUUGGAGUUCUUCCAUUUACAAAACCAAACCAUCUACCCAUCUACAUAACUUCUCCUCGGGUUUUUUGGGUCCAAUUUCGAGCCCUGCAAUCCGAGCGUUUUGUUCGAAAUCCGGUGAAGUGGGAGGAAUGGCGUCGUCGCUCCAAAAUCAGGGUUCUAUUUCGUAUCUGACACAGCGAGAAGCUGCUGAGAUUGAUGAGACUCUAAUGGGUCCUCUUGGCUUUAGUGUUGAUCAGCUAAUGGAAUUGGCUGGUUUAAGCGUCGCCACAUCAAUUGCUGAGGUUUAUAAACCGAGUGAGUAUAAUCGUGUUCUUGCUAUUUGUGGUCCGGGAAAUAAUGGAGGUGAUGGGUUGGUUGCUGCUCGGCACUUGUAUCACUUUGGAUAUAAGCCAUUUGUGUGUUAUCCUAAGCGAACUCCCAAACCCCUUUAUUCUGGUCUUGUUACUCAGCUGGAAUCUCUGUCAGUCCCUUUCCUAUCAGUGGAUGAGCUGCCUGUGGACUUGUCUAAGGACUUUGACAUUCUAGUAGAUGCUAUGUUUGGCUUUUCAUUUCAUGGUAAACUACUUGAUACUCAUACUAUUUUUUAUAAUUCUUUCAACUUCAUGUUUAUGCAUAUGCGUCGUGAUGCUGCAACAAUAUUGUGAUUACCAUCUUUUCAUAAUCAAGUUAACAUCAUGUUGCUAUGAUUCUCCUAUUAUUC